AUGAAGUCUCUAUAUUUGUUCUUGGGCCUUUGGGUUCUUGGAGCAUGUUUCCUGACUGGUGAGUGUCACAGAGGCCAUAGAGGACGACAUGAUCCUAGAGGACCACCCCCUCCUCCUCCCUUCGGCCCAGGAUUUGCCCGACCACCCCCUCCUCCUCCCUUUGGCCCAGGAUUUGCCCGACCACCACCUCCUCCUCCCUUUGGCCCAGGAGCUGCCCGACCACCCCCUCCUCCUCCCUUUGGCCCAGGAGCUGCCCGACCACCCCCUCCUCCUCCCUUUGGUCCAGGAACUGCCCGACCACCCCCUCCUCCUCCCUCUAGUCCUAACCCACCUACCAUAACAAGCCCUCCACAAACCCCAACUCCAACUGGUCCUAUUCUCACUGAAACUCCUCUCCCAAUACCAGAAAAUACAUCUAGUGCCAAUAUCUCUCUACCUACUCCUAUUGCCUAA